GGUGGUGGAGAAGAUGUCCGCCUCGGUGGGGCCCCAGGGCGGCCCUCGCCCACCCACCGUGCCGCCAUCCAUGCCGGAUCUGCCGGACCUGAGCCACCUCACCGAGGAGGAGAGGAAGAUCAUCAUGGCUGUGAUGGCAAGGCAGAAGGAGGAAGAGGAGAAGGAACAAGCCAUGUUAAAAACACUGCAUCAGCAGUUCGAGAGCUACAAACAGGAAGUGCGUCGCAUUGGGGCGGAGACACGGCGUCAGCAAACCCAGCAGAAGGACGACGCGCCCACCUGCGGGAUCUGCCGCAAGACCAAGUUUGCCAACGGCUGUGGCCACCUUUGCUCCUACUGCCAGACUAAAUUCUGUGCUCGUUGUGGAGGACGGGUCUCCCUAAGAUCCAACAAUGAGGACAAAGUGUGUCUCAUAGUGAAGGACAGGGUAAUGUGGGUAUGCAACCUGUGCCGUAAGCAACAGGAGAUUCUCACCAAAUCAGGAGAAUGGUUUUCGGGUUCAGGGGUGCGGCCUGGGAGCCUGGGCAGCUCCUUGAACGACCCGGUCGCGGGAGGUGAGGCCCAGCGGGACAGGAAGCUACUCCGCUCCAGGUCACAAGCCCCGCCCACCAGCACCAACACGACUGGAGCCAGUCCAGACGGGAUACCGCCGACUGCCAAGGGCGCUGACACCAUGCUCGGGUCUCGCUCCCAAAGCGAACCACCCAGGGAAAAGAAAAGGCCAGUAUCCCUUCAUGAACAAAAUGGUAAAGGAGGUUUGGGACGUGGUAGUGGCCGGAGACCUGGUGGGAAGCUGCCAUCUCAGUCGUCUUUGGAUGAUCGGGUCAGCCCUGGAGACCGAGAGAGACGCUCAGGAGAAGGACGGAGACUGGAGAAGAUACACUCUGAAGACUACGAGGACAGGAGACAGGAUCUGGGUCAUUUAGAAGGUCACCGGAGGUGUCCAGAGGAUGAGGAUCAGAGGGAGCGCCAGCGCCGUGAGGAGGAAUUCCAGAAUCGUUACCGUAGUGACCCCAACUUGGCACGAUACCCGGUGAAGCCACAGAAGGAGGAACAGGAAAUGCGCAUGCACGCUAAGGUGUCCAAGGUACGCCACGAACGAAGACACAGUGAUCUGGCGAUUAAUGAGGUUGGACUAGGGCCGAAUGAAGGAGGCGGAGCAGGGGAGUUACCUGAAAACCGUUUGAGAAGGGGUGGAGGUGGGAACGUAGACCGCAAGGUUCCUCUAGAGAACCACAGAGCGUACUCUGUGGAUAGGACCGUGGGAAGUGGAGGGGGUCCUCCACCUUCUGGGGUUGUGCGAUCAGGGCCUCAGCUUGGGGGACAGGGCCCUUCAGAUUAUGGCCAGAACAAGGGCCGCCUAGAGCCUGGUACCGCACGGACACCAAGGGACAAGGGUGGGGAGAACCUGCUGAGGAAGGACUCUCAGAGCUCUGACCAGUCGGAGUCUUUGCGCCCCCCUCCUCCACGGUCAUACAAGAGCAAACGCGGAGUCAACAAGAGGCAGAUGUCCAUCAGCAGCUCAGAGGAAGAGGGCGGCUCCACGCCCGAAUACACCAGCUGUGAGGACGUGGACAUGGAAAGUGUCAGCGAGAAAGGUGACUGGGACUGUCAUCCUCUAGAUCCUACAGUGUGGCAUCAUCCAGUUACAUGGCAGCCGUCCAAAGAAGGGGAUCACCUGAUUGGACGCAUCACGCUAAGCAAGAGGUCAGCGCUGCCUCGGGAGGCUGGUUCCCUCCUCGGACUAAAAGUUGUUGGAGGGAAAAUGACAGAAACAGGGAGACUCGGGGCCUUCAUCACCAAAGUCAAGAAAGGAAGCCUAGCAGAUGUUGUGGGGCACCUACGAGCAGGUGACGAGGUACUCCAGUGGAACGGGAAGUCAUUGCCUGGAGCCACCAAGAAAGAAGUUUACAACAUUAUCCUGGAGUCCAAGGCUGAGCCGCAAGUUGAAAUAGUUGUGUCAAGACCUAUAGGCUCUAUCCAUCGAAUUAUAUCCAAAAACUUCUUGAGAAAAGUGUAUAGAGCAUAUCAAGACACCCCAAGAAUCCCAGAGUCAUCUCACCCUCCAUUAGAAUCUACUGGUUCAAGUUCUUUUGAGUCACAGAAGAUGGACCGUCCCUCUAUAUCAGUGAUGUCCCCUACCAGCCCUGGAACCCUCCGAGAACUUCCUUUAGUGCUUCCUGGGCAACUGUCUGUCAAACUGUGGUAUGACAAAGUGGGCCAUCAGUUGAUCGUCAACGUCCUUCAAGCCAUAGACCUACCACCUCGACCAGACGGACGACCUCGGAACCCCUAUGUCAAGAUGUACUUCCUUCCUGAUAGAAGUGAUAAAAGUAAACGGCGGACAAAGACAGUAAAGAAGAGUGCUGAGCCCAAGUGGAACCAGACAUUUAUAUAUUCCCACGUUCACCGACGGGACUUCCGAGAGCGAAUGCUAGAGAUCACAGUGUGGGACCAACCCAGAGUUCAGGAGGAGGAGAGUGAAUUCCUGGGCGAGAUCUUGAUCGAGCUGGAGACGGCCCUGCUGGACGACAUUCCUCACUGGUAUAAACUCCAGACGCAUGAUGUGUCGUCUAUACCUCUGCCGCAGCCCUCCCCCUACCUCCCCCGCAGACACGUCCACGGAGACACCCCCAGCAAGAAACUACAGAGGUCUCAUCGCAUCAUUGAUACAGAGUUUGAUGAUGGUUUGAUAGUAGGGGAUAAAGGUGCAGAACGUAACUCGAGGGAGAGAGAGCGGGGCAGCACGUUAGCGGUGCCCGAGCAGCAGCGGCCCGUACAGCAUCGCUCGCGGUCAGUGUCGCCUCAUAGGGAGGACUCCUGCAGGGCGCGGUCACGACCAGCGUACGUCCCCAUGCAAAGGAGUCUGGAUGAGAUCCAUCAGAACCGCCACCACUCCCACUCCCCCUCCCGCUAUUAUGACUCCCAUUUGGAGCACCAGCGCUCUGGAGACUCAGACUAUGAGUACUCUGAGGACAGUGAGGUCCUGGAGAUGCACAGGUCUAUCCGGGGCGGGAGUGCUGAGUGCCUGCACACAAACAGGGGUUUAGGUAGAUACAGCAACACACUCCCCCCCAAAAUGCCCCUCUUAGUAAAUGGUAUCCAUAAAGACAUUUACAGCUCCACCCUCCCUGCAUGCCUAAAGAGCAAGCUGCUGCAAAGGCAGGAAGGGGGCAGCACCACCAUGCCACGUAGCAUCCUUACACACCGUGUGCUCAGGUUCACAGAUGAGGUCACAGUUAGCGACCUGCAGCCGUCGCUGGACAGAGUGAGGAGUGCCAGCACCACAUGUCUCAGACCAGACACCAACUUUCACUCAGCUGACAGAGACAGGUGCUCCAACUCUUUGCCCCGCAAGACUCCCCCAAGCCCCAGGAUCUUAGUAGAACAUGUGGCCCCUGAAGAAGACAGGCAGUGUAACAAUUCAUCAAGUCCAAACUGUCAAAGGGGCAGCAAAAAAAGCCUGGAAGGCGACAGUCGUAUCCAGCCCACAUCUAUCCUGAGGGGCAGUAGGGGCCGAGGGGGCCCACUGAGGCCCUUUGGCCAGACGGUCCUGGCUGGGUCCUGCCCUAACUCGCCAUGGCCAGACAGAGCACACCCCCAUGGCAGCCCGUCCCCUCCCACAGGGACCCCCACAUCAGGUCGCAGGGGCCGCCAGUUGCCGCAGCUUCCUGCAAAGAGCAGCAGCAUUGAGCAAGCCCUCGCAGUGGAGGAGCGAGCCCGACGGCUGCCGAUGAAAGUACAUUCCGACAGGCCUUCAGCCUCCCACGACCCUGAGACGGACCUCAAGACCAAACGGGAGAUGUAUGCAGAACAGAGGCGUAGCAGUGACAAUAUGUCCGCCAGAUCAUCAGACAGUGACAUGAGCGACGUGUCGGCCCUCUCCCGUGCCAGCAGUGCCUCCCGACUUAGUAGCACCAGCUACAUGUCGAUCCAAUCAGAACGACCGGGGGGACGACUCAGAUCCAAGUCAUUAGAGGAGGAGAAGAAGGACAGGAGGAUCUCAUGGGGGGUGGAUGGAGAGGAGGAGAGGAGGAGGGCAACAGGAAAGAGACGUUUCUCAGAGGAGUUAAAGCGCAGGAGACACACUGUAGCUGGAGACACCAGCGAGUCCAGUCGGAUGCGAGCGUCGGCAGGUCGCAGCAUGAUGAAGAGCUCCAGCGUGAGCGGAGAGAUCUACAGCCAGGAGCGCACCGACGGCAGCCAAUCAGACACGGCGCUGGGCACAGUGGGCGGCGGCAGCAAGAAGAGACGCUCCAGCUUCAGCGCACGGGUGGUGGCCAUUGUAGGCAACCGACGCAGCCGCAGCACCUCACAGAUCAGCGGGCCAGAGGGGAAGACUAAGAAGGAGAAGGGUGCCCCCAUCCAGAGGAGCACAGAGACUGGCAUGGCAGUGGAGCUGCCCAGGAACAUGAGCCGCCAGCCCAGCAGGGAGUCCAACAACGGCAGCAUGAACAGCUACAACUCGGAGGGGAAUUUGAUCUUCUCUGGGGUAAAUCUGGGGGCCAGUAGUCAGUUCAGCGACUUCCUCGAUGGUCUGGGACCAGCUCAGUUGGUCGGCAGGCAAACACUGGCAACACCUGCCAUUGGUGACAUCCAGAUUGGUAUGAUGGAGAAGAAGGGUCAGCUGGAGGUGGAGGUGAUCAGAGCCCGAGGACUCGUACAAAAGCCAGGAUCCAAGUCCCUCCCUGCUCCAUAUGUCAAGGUCUAUCUGCUGAAUAAUGGAGCGUACGUAGCCAAAAAGAAAACUAAGAUUGCACGGAAAACACUUGACCCGCUGUACCAGCAAGCUCUGCUAUUUGAAGAAAGCCCCCAGGGUAAAGUGUUACAGGUGAUUGUAUGGGGAGACUAUGGCCGAAUGGACCAUAAAAGCUUCAUGGGAGUUGCACAAAUCCUUUUGGAGGAACUGGACUUAUCAAGCACAGUAAUUGGCUGGUACAAGUUGUUCCCACCAUCCUCCCUAGUGGAUCCAACACUUGCCUCCCUAACGCGGCGAGCUUCCCAGUCAUCCCUCGACAGCUCGUCUGGACCUCCGGGGGUCCGAGCCUAGUGGACCAACAAGCUCUACACACAACCACCACCACCACCACCACCACCGCUCGGCGUGUAACAAACUCAUAGAAAUAUACAGAACAACAAUCAAAAACAGUCACAACGAGAAAGCUUUGUUGAGAUCUGACAAUCACUCCUGUUGCGGUUAAUUUUGUUUGCUCUGUUUCAUGUCUAUUCAAAGAAAAGAAUUAAUGUCAUAGUAUUUCUCUCUGUGUGCUGAGGAAGCAGGGGUGUGGCCCAGCUGUAGCUCGAAGUAGAAAAAUGACAAGUGUCGGAGUUUAAAUGAAGCAGGGUGGUCUUAUCUGAAUCAACAAAUGCAAAGAAAUGUAUGUAAGCAUCAGAAUGUAUAGACACGAGACAGAAGAAAUCACCGUCCACAGCUGCACAGGUGGCGCUGUCGUCUCUGCAGUGGCCUCCUCCAGAUCCCCAAGACUGCCAGCACUCCUGCCACCACCCCCCACCCCCCCUCUGUCCAACCAAAGGGCAGGGUGCUUCCAUGUGGGUAUUCAGUCUGGAAGCACAGGGCCUUCUUCUGGUGCCUAGACCUCGGAGCCGCAUCACUGUUCCCUCUGUCUCUGUUGAAUGAUGCCCUUUUUGAUAUGUUUACCACGGCUGCUCAGAAGCCUCACUGUUGGAACGUGUUUGCUUUGAUGUUAAUUUCUUUCCCUUUUGUUUCUUACUCGCACAAGAUGUUUUUACAGUGUGUAAAAAUGCUCAUAAUAUGUUGUCAGUCUGAUGUGUGCAUGGAAAGAAAAAAGAAAACAAAACACAAGCUAUAAAAAUAAAACUGUUUAGUGUCUGCAAGUGUUAUGCAGGGGGAAGUGUGUGCGUGUGUGGGGAGGGGGGUGGGGGGCAGGUGAUGAUGACACCACUUAGAUUUUUACACUUGACAGUGCAAUUAUUGUGCAGCGUUGUUUUCCUUGUUCCACGGCUGGCAAGCAUCCAGGCCAGUCAUCUUUGUAUAGAUGUAUAUUAGAACCUCCCAGGAGGUUGACCAAUAAAUAAAAUUUAUGUCACUUUGAAAUGUCACAAGGGUACAAAGUCACUGUAAAGAAAUCUAAAAAAAAAAAAAAUGUAAUGUUUGUUCAAUGUUUGUUGCAAGAGCAAGAUGGGACCGUAUGAUUUUUACGUUCUCUCACCCAAGCACGUUUAAAGUUUUUAUCUGACUUUUAACUUUAUUUUGAAUUUUUAACACAAGCACAACAGCUUGUUUUGUUUUGUUUUUUUUUUUUUCACAACAAAAAGUUUAACUUUUUGAAUAAAAAAGAAACAGGUAGUUUAAAAAAAAACACACACACACAAGUAACAAAAAAAAAAAAAAAAAAGCAAUGAUCCCGUCACUGGUUUCUUUCGUCUUGUUAGACAGAAAACAAACAGAAAAAGACAAAGAAUUGUUCACAGUUUCCCUUGUGCAUCUCCGUGAAUGUGAAAAUAACCAAUCAGACUGAUCUGUCGUAACACCAACAACCAAUGAACCAAUGCUCAUCCUCAGUUUGAGCUCAAUCCGGAAAACAGGCGGGGGUGUCGGGCUCCCCAGCAUGACUUUGGAACCAGUUCCAAGCUGCAUGCACAUUUUUGUAAACCGAAACAGAUACAGAAAAAAAAGAUACUGAACUAGAUAACGUGUGUUAGUUCCACAUACUGUAGGGCCGCUUGUAUGUUGCAUGCAGUUGUACAGUUUGCUCGUACUUGAAUAUUAAAGAGAUAAAACCAAGAAACCGAAGCCAUUCACAUUACACAGAGACAUUUGAGCUCGACUGCAGUCUCCUUCAUGUCCCUCAGUCUGGUGCUGAUUGUGUCAGACCCUCCCCACGAUUACGUUGAUGUCUUUUCCUCGACCCUCUGGAAGAUGUACUGUACUGUACAGUGGGACUGAGCAGACCUGACAACCCCUCUUACUGUUACUCAACAUUAUAGUAUACCUCCAAGGGGCUGAGACGACGACGAUGAUGAUGAUGUAUGAAUAAAUAUGUACAAAUCAGAUCCACUUAUAUGGAAAUAUGAAUUAUGUUUCAACAUAAUGAUUUCAAAUAUGCUAACACAUGAACUGUUUAGUUAUAUAGAGAAUAAAUACAGAUGCACACAGAGUCAUACACUGUAAAUAUUUGGUAGCCAUUCACUGGGUUUUCAUUGGGUUUGGUGGUAUUUGCAGAGGGGCCAAUAAUGUCCUAUAAGGAGGAGCGAGAAAUUGUCACUAGGGACCAUUUAACGAGAUAAUGCAGCGACAGGUGAAGCACCGCUCUGCAAGGCAAAGUCUCAACACUUAGAAUUCUUUUUUGUGCUUCAAAAAUCAAACCAUUUUAUCCCCAGCCAUGUCCAGUCCCUCUGUUCUUUCACUACCCAGUGAAGUUUUUAAUUUGUUUUCUUUCUUUUUGUAAAUUUUUUUCUUUUUGAGUUUGUCAGUAUUAACUGGAAAAAAAUGCUGAUUGUUUACAACUUCUGUGUUCCACUGAAACAAAGAGAAAAUUAGAAAAUAGUCAAGCAUUCACUGCAACAUUUCUUGUUUAUAUAUCAGAUGUGGCUCAAAUGAUGUGUAUGUUUUAUAUUAAAAAAAAAAAGUUCAUUUUUAUUAUUUACAAAUAAAAAGAAUGUGUGGAAGAAAAA